ACGCUGAAGUUACAUAGCCGACCUCCACGUACAUAUCUUCUUCAUCUUUUCUUUCAUAUUCGCCUUUAUAUCCUGUCUAGACACGCUUUAUAUCUUCUGUCUUCAAUCUUUCGCAUAUCCUUAUACCAAACGGCCAACGUCGAUACAUCGUGUAACCAUGGCAUCUCCACAGGUCCUUCGCACCCCCGUCACCGAUCUUCUCAAGAUCAACCACCCUGUCCUCCUAGCUGGUAUGAACGUGGCCGCCGGCCCGAAGCUCGCUGCUGCUGUUACAAAUGCCGGUGGUCUCGGAGUCAUUGGUGGUAUCGGAUACACCCCAGAAAUGCUCCGGGAACAACUCAACGAAUUAAAGGGAUAUCUCAACGAUAAGAAUGCGCCAUUUGGCGUUGAUUUGCUUUUGCCUCAGGUUGGCGGUAAUGCGCGAAAGACCAACCAUGACUACACCAAAGGAAAGCUCAACGAGCUUAUUGAUAUCAUUAUCGAAAGCGGAGCUAAACUCUUCGUCUGUGCCGUCGGUGUCCCACCCAAACACGUCGUUGAGAAGCUUCACAAGGCCGGCGUUCUCUACAUGAACAUGAUCGGACACCCCAAACACGUCAAGAAAUGCCUCGAUCUCGGCGUCGACAUCAUCUGCGCCCAGGGUGGUGAAGGUGGUGGUCACACUGGUGAUGUCCCCACCACUGUACUCAUUCCAACCGUCGCAAAGCUUGUGCAGGGACACAAGAGCCCCCUCACCGGUGCGCCGGUGCAGGUUAUUGCUGCCGGUGGUUUGUUUAAUGGUCAGUCCGUUGCUGCGGCUUUGAUGCUUGGUGCUUCGGCUGUUUGGAUCGGUACUCGAUUCAUUCUGUCUGAUGAGGCUGGUGCUUCUGAGGCUCAUAAGGAGGCUGUUCGCACCGCCGGAUUUGACGAUAACGUCCGAACCAUUAUCUUUACUGGCCGCCCCCUCCGCGUCCGCAACAACUCCUAUAUCCAAAACUGGGAAGAAAACCGCCAACAAGAAAUCAAAGAACUCACUUCCAAAGGUAUAAUCCCCGUCGAACACGACUUUGAGAACUUGCCCGAUGACGUUGAUGAGGAGGUUUUGGAUAAUGCCCGUCCUUUCCUCAUGGGUAAAGUUUCUGCCGUUGUCACGGAGAAGAAGCCUGCCAAGGCUAUUGUUGAUGAGCUCGUGACCGAUGCUGCUGCAUGGUUACAAAAGGGUAAUAAGAUGAUUGCUAAGUUGUAGAUACAUAACGAUUUGUUUCUCGUUUCCGGUGUAUUGGAUAUUUUUGUACUUGGCCUAGCAUAAUCAAAUAGCCCAUCUGUUUGUUAUACAA